UGAUGGUCACUCUCAAGUCUCAUUCCUAUAAAACACACACUCUCCUAGUCCUAAUCCUGUGCGUGUCUUGCUUGUGAACUCAUCCCAUUCAUGGCUGCUGCUUCUCUCAAGAACACCAACAGAUUCUCGGUUGCCAUGGAGAGAACUGGCCAAUGGGUUUUCUCUCAAGAAAUUCCGACCGACGUAGUCGUCCAAGUCGGAGACGCCGAUUUUACUCUUCACAAGUUCAUGCUUGUUGCAAAGAGCAAUUAUAUAAGAAAAUUGAUAUUGGAAUCGAAAGAACCUGAUUUGGAGCGGAUCGAUCUCUCUGACAUCCCCGGAGGAGCUGAGAUCUUCGAAAAAGCAGCCAAGUUUUGCUACGGCGUCAAUUUUGAGAUCACAGUGCACAACGUCGCGGGUCUGCGUUGCGCGGCGGAGCUUUUGCAGAUGACGGACAAGUACAGCGACAACAACCUCGCCGGCCGGACGGAGGACUUCCUCGCCCAAGUCGUCCUCACCAGCCUCUCCGGCGCCGUCGUCGUCUUGAAGUCCUGCGAAGACCUUCUCCCCAUGGCCGAAGACCUCAAAAUCGUUCAACGAUGCGUCGAUGUCGCAACCUCCAAGGCCUGUAUUGAGGCGAAUUUUCCAAGCCGAUCGCCGCCGAACUGGUGGACGGAGGAGCUAUCGAUAGUGGACAUAGCAUUCUUCAAGAGGAUUGUUGAUGCGAUGAAGGCUCGUGGUGGGAAAGCCCUAACCCUAGCGAGCGCGAUAAUCACCUACGCGGAGAGAUCGCUUCGUGAUCUGGUGCGAGACCACUCCGGGAGCGGCACGAGGACGUCAGAUCACGGCGACUCUGACGUCAGACUCCGGCAACGUGAGCUCCUCCAAUCGAUCGUCGCUCUCUUGCCCUCGGAGAGAGCCGCUUUCCCGAUCCACUUCCUCUGCUGUCUUCUCCGAUCCGCUAUUUUUCUCAGGUCCUCCAACUCUUGCAAGAACGAGCUGGAGAAGAGGAUAUCGGCGAUCCUGGAGCACGUGACGGUCGACGACCUCUUGGUCGUGUCGUUCACGUACGACGGCGAGACGCUGUUCGACCUGGAGAGCGUGAGGAGGAUCAUAUCGGGGUUCGUGGAGAAGGAGAAGAGCGUAGCGGUGUUCAACGGCGGCGAUUUCAGGGAGGGGUGCUCGACGGCGAUGCAGAGGGUGGCGAAGACGGUGGACGCCUACUUGGGCGAGAUUGCGACAUGCGUUGAGCUUAGCAUCUCCAAGUUUAAUGGGAUCGCUAAUCUCGUUCCGAAAGGAGCUCGCAAACUCGACGAUGAUCUUUACAGAGCCGUUGAUAUCUACUUGAAGGCUCAUCCAAAUUUAGAUGAAAUUGAGCGCGAAAAGGCAUGUAGUGUGAUGGAUCCACUAAAACUAUCCUACGACGCAAGGGUUCAUGCUUCCCAAAACAAGAGAUUACCGGUGCAAAUCGUGCUCCACGCCUUAUACUAUGAUCAACUCAAGCUAAGGAGUGGUGCUGAAGAACGUAACAACGUUCAAGACGCCAUAUCAACGAGGAGCCAAAUACAAGCGGAUGUGUCUCUGAUCAAAGAGAACGAGGUCUUGAGAUCGGAGCUGAUGAAGAUGAAGAUGUACAUCUCCGAUAUACAGAAAACCCAAGGGACCUCCGCCAAGGUUGGUCCGAAAAAAGGCACGUUCUUCUCGUCCAUGUCCAGGACUCUGGGGAAGUUGAAUCCGUUCAAGCACGGAUCGAAGGAUACUUUGAACAUUGACGAUGGUGUGGACAUUACUAAGCCCAGGAGAAGAAGGUUCUCUAUCUCGUAGAUUUGAGUGGAAUUUGUUUAGCUGCUGUUAAUUGGUGAAUUCGUGUAAAAAGUUCGUUGUUUUAUACCUUGGAAAGGACUCCAUAUUGUGUUUUUAAUUUUUGUUUGUAAUUUUUUGUUUAUCCCUUAGAAAGAAUGGUGGAUUUGUAACAUGAGAAACAAACAUUAGCUGUGAUUGUGAUGGAUUAUUGUUGUAGUUGAGUAACAUUUUCUUGUUUAGAAUCA